AUGUCCACCUCAGGCCGCAACCCCGACGGCACCUUCACGAAGGGCAGCGAAGCCGCUUCCGAAGCCGGGCACAAAGGUGGCCUGCACAGCACGGGCGGUAUCAUGAAUGUUACCUCUUCUGAGACCGGAUCUGCAGCCACUGGUACCGAGGAGGGUCGUAAUGCCGAUGGCACGUUCACCAAGGGUAGCGAGGCAGCCAAGGAGGCGGGUCGUUUCGUCAUGUUCAUGAUCACUCGUGAAACUAUCUUCUUCAUCAAUCUGCGUCAGGCCUACCUCUUAUCACCCCGCAACGCUAGUCGUAUGUCGUCAAGAACAGUGCUGUUCACCUCGGUGCCCGAUCACUUCCUCGACGAGGGGCGCCUACGGCAGACCUUUCCUCUAGUCCAGCGGGUAUGGAUCUCAACCGAUUGCGACAAGCUUCAAGAGCUUGUCGAUAGUCGGGAAGACGCGGCCUUCAGGCUCGAGGAUGCGGAAAUCCAACUUUCCAAGAAGGCUACCAAGACCCACAAAAAGCGCCUCAACAAACAUGAUAGCAGUGCUCACUCGUCUCAUUCUGAUCCAGAGGAAUUUGGCUCUGUAGCAGCGAUUUGGCUUGACAAGAAGGACCGCCCCACUCACAGGUUAAAGCCAAUCAUCGGAGAGAAGGUCGAUACAAUUGAGUGGGCUCGCUCGACUCUCCGCGAACUUAUCCCUAAGGUAGACCGUGAACAAGCGGCUCAUCGAGCGGGUAAUGCUAAGAAGGUUUCCGCUAUCUUUAUUGAAUUCAAGACACAACGGGCGGCCCAAAGCGCUUUCCAACAGACUGCGCACCACACACCUCUCCACAUGACUCCGCGUGUUAUCGGAGCAGUCCCGGCAGACGUCAUCUGGAAGAAUGUCGGCCUCAGUUGGUGGAAUACGAUAAUUCGUUCUGCCGUGGCAACGUUCCUCAUCACUCUAUUAACACUCUUCUGGUCCGUACCAGUUGCGUUCAUUGGCGUGCUCACGAAUGUCGACCAGCUUACACAAAUACCUUUCUUGGCGUGGAUUGAUGACAUCCCGUCAUCUGUUCUAGGAGUGAUUACAGGGUUGCUACCAACUUUGCUCCUUGCCGCUCUUCUCGCUCUCGUGCCAGUUCUAUGUCGUUUCCUCGCUGGAUUAUUUGAACCGACACAUGCACUGGUCGAACUUAAGACACAGUCGUGGUAUUUCGGCUUCCAAGUCAUUCAAGUGUUUCUGGUUACAACGUUUUCCUCCGGAGCGGCCGCCGUCGCUCGUAACAUCGUGUCGGAUCCCACGGGAGCGCCUGCAUUACUAGCACAGCAACUCCCUACGGCGUCCAAUUUCUACAUCUCGUAUUUCAUCUUGUAUGGCUUAGCCCUUAGCGCUUCUACACUUUUGAAUAUUGUUCCUCUUCUCAAGUUCAAGAUACUUGGGAAGUUCUUGGAUGAUUCCCCACGCAAGAUGUUCAGGCGAUACACGCAGCUGCCUGGUUUGGGAUGGGGGUCUGUGUACCCCAAGUUUACCAAUCUUGCGGUCAUUGCUAUCGCAUACUCCUGUAUUGCGCCGCUCGUUCUCGGCUUCGCGACCGUCGGACUUUACAUCCUAUAUCUUGCUUUCCGCUACAAUCUCCUCUUUGUCACGACAAACAGUGUCGACACCAGAGGCGCUGCGUACGCUCGAGCUCUACAGCAACUGACUGUUGGUGUGUACAUUGCCGAGCUGUGUCUUAUCGGACUCUUCGCUAUUGGAACUUCGGGCAGUGCUAUCUCCAGUGGUCCUCUAGUGCUGAUGAUCCUCUUUACUAUCUUGACAGUGCUCUAUCACAUCACCAUGCGUAGUGCAUUGAACCCUCUCACGAAAUUCCUCCCUAGUGAUCUGUUUCUUGAUCAAGAGGAGGAUCAGAGAGGAGCAACAAACGCUAUGGAGGAAGGCGUUUACUCGAAGAAUAGUAAUCCCGUCCAGCACAGCAAUUCUGAGCCUAUGGUCUCCGACAAACCGCACUGGACGGCGCCUUCCAAUCGCAAGCAGAACAUUUCCCCGCAAAAAGGCGGCAUCAGUGGCAUGUUCACUCGCUUUCUAUUUCCGCAGGCGCAUCAGUCGUACUACGCAUUGAAGCACAACCUUCGAGACCCGGAUUUGAGCCAUUCGAUACUAUCGUAUCCCGAAGACGUUCAGAAGGAGGCGUACGCUAACCCGGCUGUUGUCUCUCCCGCGCCCGAACUGUGGAUCGUCAAGGAUGUACUUGGUAUUAGCGCACAAGAAGUUAGGCACACGCGCAAUGUCAUUCCAAUCACUGAUGAAGGUGCAUGGUUCGAUGAGAAGGGCAACAUUCUUUGGGAUCAGGAGCAUCUGCAGCGGGCUCCGAUUUGGGAGGAUAUAACGUGGUAUUAG